CUAAAUGUUACAGUCAGUCUUGAUGACCGGUUUGAAGACACUCCGCCAAUUAGUGGAUAUUUUAUCAUCUACCAAUGUAACUCCAUUGACAGGUGCAGUGAUUGUACAAAUACAGCUUGGAAAUGUAAAUGGUGUCAAUACACUAACCAGUCAAUGUGUAUUGACAGUGACGAAAGCUGCAACCCAGUUGUAAACGUUAACAUAUAUCCUUUUAAUUUCAUAAGCCAGCACAGGGUAUUUUUGUUUAUAAGAUCGAAGGACACCUUUCUAUUUCUAUUUGAAAUAAGAAAAAAAAAAAAACAAUUUAGUACAGAAUGCGUUAAAAACUUUUGCAAGAUACUUUUAUAUUUGUCAGAUAUUUUUAUAUUUGUUUCAAAGCUGAAAAUGUGUUGUGCUUUUAAAUAAAAUGUGUUUGUUCAGGGUAUUGCUGUAGAGGCAGAUGAUUGUCCACGUGUCACAAAUUAUAAAAUCGUCUCGGAUGGUGGCAGUGUGCGAGACCCAAGUGGUAUAGUCUACCUUUCUCGACGCAGAAAUUAUGAAAUAAAUAUCAAAGUCACGAAUGUAUCAAAAUCAGGGUCUGAGUUCUACAAAUGCAGGAUUGAAUCAGAUACGCAAACGUUAUGGCUUAACAGUUCACAGCUCAACGAAAAUGGCAGCGUCACUUGUAGAAUUACUAAGGAGGAAAUGUCAACCCUACCAUAUUCUGUAAGUAGGCUCAAGGUAGCCUUACAGUUGGUGUCGGGAGUUUCUCCGAUAGAUGGUGACAAAAUGCCAAUGAUAAUUUAUGCCUGCGAAAAUCUUGUCCAGCCCUCUGAAAACUGUGGACAGUGCAAAUGGUUUACAAGUUACAAACCACAUUUACACUGCAAAUGGAAUGGGACUCAUUGCAGUGACAGAGGAAUUACAAAUGAUACAACAGAAUGCGGAUACCCGGAAAUCAAUAUGGUUCCAGUGGUAACUUCUAUAGAGCCAGCGUUUGGCCCUAUGUCUGGUGGUACAUCUGUUUCAGUAAAUGGAAGACACUUAAAUAUUGGAAGGAAAGCCACAGUUAGAAUAGGCCCUAAGGAAUGCGUUCUGACCACGAGGAAUUUACGUCAAAUUACAUGCAAGACUAAAGAUAUGUUCCUGAAUGAACCUACGCCAUUAGAAGUAGUGGUUGAGAUUGACGGCGCAAGAGUUUUAGGAAAUAUGAGUUUGAAGUACAAUUAUUCCGAAGACCCAUUCAUCAAAAAGAUACACCCUUUGACAAGUUUCGCUAGCGGAGGAAGAACAUUGAUAGUGGAGGGGACAAAUUUGCAUGUAGUAGGAAAACCUAAGAUUUAUGCAGUCUUUGACGUUGAUCCUUGGCGAUAUAGAUAUUUCGAGAUAAAGUCUGAGAUGGAGACUUGUACGAUGGUUGGACAGCCUGGUAGUACUACUUUAAACUGCACUUUCCCUAUAUACUCAUAUAAGAAUAAAACUAAAGAAGAAGAUGGUGCGCCCGCAAGAUUAGGAUUUGAGAUGGACGAUGUGUUAUCUGUCACCGCUUACAACCUUCCCAGUAACAUAGCCGCUGUUCAGUACUUUUCUGAUCCUGUACUAACAAAUUUCACUGAGGACUUGGUCUACAACGGAGGGCGCAUAGCUAUUAAGGGUAAGCUUAAUCGUCACAUGCUGGCAGAGAGCGACUAUGUGAAAGUAUACAUUGGAUGUGAGUUGUGUAAUGAAAUUACGCUAUCUACAAAAGCAAUCGGAUGUGAACCUCCGGUUAACAAGCCUGUUUGUUGGGAAAAUGGAACACAGCCAUUACCUAUAGAUGUGGAAAUUGGUUACUUCCGACAAAGAGUAGGAUUUCUUGUUUACAAAGAAGACACUACUACUCAAUCAAUGAAAACAGAUGCAGAGAUUACAACAGUUGUUUUCACUACAUCAGAUGAUCCAAAUAACAUGAUAACUGCAGUCAUUGUACUUACGGUUCUUGUCGUAGCUGCUGUAAUAGCAAUAGGAAUAAUUAGUCUAAUUUCUUAUCGGAAGAACAGAAAUAGGCGUGGUGGCGAACUUAACACACCUGUGGUGUAUAGAAGAAAUGAAACCGCAGAAUCAAACGUUAACAGAAAUACGUCUGCAGUGUUACACAUUUCAAGAAGAGCAACUACUGUAAUAUACGAUGAUAUUGCUGACGGCGAUAUUGUGAAUGAAUAUCUUGAGCUAUCAGGAGAAGAUCCAACAUACACGGAGGCGGAUGUGUAUAUAGAUCCAUAUCAUAAAACUGACUUUACAAUAGAUCAGGCGGCAAUAAUAAACGACACACCUUUGAGUGACGACCCAGAAAAUAUGCAUUUGCAACCAUUAGAGAAAAGCAGCAGAUCAGGUGUCCCUGGAAUCCAAGAGAAUGUCGACGAGCUUCAGAACGACACUAACGAUGGAAAGGUAAACCCGGCAGAGAGUCAAGAGGGUUUCAAAGACGCGACUGAAGAAUCUAAAUCUACUGAAAAGGAUGACUGGCAAAUUGAUGAUUGUACACCGAACGUCGAUGGAGGAUAUAUACAUCCAGUAUGGAGCCAGGAAUUGCGUGAAAGCAAAUGCGAAAAUAUGCUUGAGACACCGAGAUCGAGUUACGUAGGAAAGUCGAUGGAAACAUCCGACGAAGUGUUAGCCUCAGGACAAGAUGACUGGCAAAUUGAUGAUUGUACACCGAACGUCGAUGGAGGAUAUAUACAUCCAGUAUGGAGCGGGGAAUUGCAAGAAAGCAGAUGCGAAAAUAUGCUUCAGACACCGAGAUCGAGUUACGUAGGAAAGUCGCUGGAAACAUCCGAUGAACGGUUAGACUCAGGACAAGGGCAUACUGUGGACAAUGAUGAUGGAUUUAUUAAUGCAAGUGGAGGCCAGGAAAAGGACCUCGAACUAGCAAAACAUGGAGAGACUUCUGAAUCAGCAGAUAUUAUGUACAAGGAAAAGGAAGAGGAAACAACACUGGAAUAGAUGAUACAAGAACAAGGGAAUGCUGAUUACCCAUAGACCAAAUGACAUGGACCUAAGACUAGAAGAAAGUAAGAAAGUAAAUGUAUGAAGAACAUAUUAAUAAACAAAACUUUGUAUAAUACCUUCAUACGUCAGUAUUAUGCUGGACAUUUCUAUUAGUUGAUUUUUUUUCCUGUUAUGUAUUUAAAGAGUGUGCUAAGAUUUUAUAGAAUGUGUCAUUGAUCGUUUAAUAUCUUUGUUAUUGCUCAAACUUUAUAUUAUAUCAAACAAACAAAUUUCUAACAAGUGAAAUACAUAGACUCUAAUUACUUUUUGUAAUGAAAUAAGAUCAAUCGGAUUUGGAAAUGAAAUUAUUUUUCUUUCUGUUUUUGAAAUUUUGAUUUUCCAAAGCGAAAUAUUAUUGCCACAAAUCUAGAUUUCAAAUUUAUGUUAGAUUCCAGAACCUACUUUGGUGAACGGGUUCAGAAUGAAUAAACACUUUGAAACAGAUGUAAAAAAGGAAUCAGAAGUUAAUUUAAGUUUGCCUCUCGUACAUUCAUAUUACUGGCUAAAUAGACACAAAUAUAAUGUUGAUUGUUGCAUUUGUAUAUAUGUAGUGAAACAUAAUAUUCAAAUUUUACUGAAGUAAGAAGAUUUCAUGUGGACUACCUAAUUCUCCUAAGACAUAAGUCAUAAUAGAUUAUUUUAAAUGAUAUAUGGAAGCUACAUAAUGAGCAGAUUGGAAUAUAGUUGACCACCUGUAUUUUAUUUUUUACUGAAAAUACAGAAAAGACUGAAAAGACUCAAAGCAUAGCCGAAAACCAAUUAAUGAAUUUUAGUCACAUAGACAAAUUGCUACGUAGAUAAAAAGUUGUUCCUCCAAAUGAUCAGUUUUAAUGUGCAAUAAUCAUAUGAAAUUGUCAGCAAAACUAAUGUUAUUUAAUUCUAACACAGUAUCAGGCUUUUCAAUAAAUAAUCAGCACAUUUUCUUGUGAAAAACGGCUGAAAGCAAUAUCCGCUACUGUAUAAAGUGUCAUUAUGGUAUUUUUGUGGUCCAUAAAUUGUAAAUAUUUCCAGUGUAAAUAUAAUAAUUGGUUUGUCUUUGUCAUUAAUUUUGGAAAUUAUCAGUAUAGUUACAAUUUUUGUGACGAUAUAAUAUACAUUGUAAAUAAAAGUUAUAAAAGGAAAUAAAAAAAUAGAAACGAUAAAAAAAUAAUAAAAAAAUAACAAAAAAAUAAAAAAAUAAUUAUAAAAAAUAGAAUGUAAGAAAAGAGUAAUUUGAAUUCAUUUUGAAUUUAUUGAUAUGUUUCCUUACUUUAUGUGUGUCUAUGUGUCUGUAUUUUGAUCUAAAACUUGAUUUGAUUCAGCGAUGCUAACGUAAAAGCGUUUUUUAUUAUUGUCCCCAAGUUGUAAUACAAAUCCAUCACUUUGCAUUUCGCCUUUUCAUUUAUACAUAUUCCAGUUUCAUUUUGGAAAAGUUGUUUUUUUGCUCUUAUAUGUUCAUAUACUUUUAUCAUUUGAUUCUAUUGAUGAUAUUUCGCCCAUGCAUAUGAACGGGCUUCGCUGAGGAAUGUUCUGAUUGAUAUUAUUCUUAAAUACUUGAUAAUGUAAAUAAGGUUUUAUAUUUUUGUCACACAUGCUUUUUAAUUCAAGUAUAAAUUGUGAAAGCUCAAAAGCUGUUUUUCUUAUUUAAAUAAUUUGAAAAUUGACUUAAUUUUAAUUUGCUAAAUUAAGCAUAAAUUCUUGAAAUCUCUUUAGACAGAAGUGACUAAUAACUAUCUGAAUCUACGAAUCUACUAUUAUACUACCGUUUAUAUAUAAACGUUAUUAUUUUUGUUGUGCUCUGUAUCAGUUUGGAUAUUCCCACAAACAUUUCUCGCUUUGUAAAUUGCAGAAACUAACGUCAGUUUUGAAGUCUUACAAUGCAUUUAGACCUAUAUUUCUUUAGAAAGAACUCUCUAAAUCAGCCGAAAAUUGGCACAUUUUAAUUACAUAAUUACAGAUGAAGACGUUGUAUAAUAGCUGUAAAACCCAUGCAAAAUAGUAUCAACAUAUUUAAUGAGAUACAGCUGUAAAACUGGUUACUGCGCAACAAAAAUGAAACUCUACAUCUUUAAAAUAAUACAUCAGUAUUAAAAUGGUAUUGUGCUAAAUGAAAGCACAGUUACAAAGAAGUAAGAAUAAUAUUUCACUUUAUGAAGCAACACUAGCUACAGAAUGAGCAUUUCGGAAUGCCACUGGCCCAGUGUAAGACAUUUUUGUUCGAAGAAUGUCUGUUCUGGAAAAGGUUCAGAACAUUAUCGAAUACAAAUUUUGAAUAUUCUCAGUAUAGUUACAAUUUUUGUGAUGAUAUAAUAUACAUUGUAAAUAAAUAUUGAAAAAUAAAAAAAUAAAGAAAAAAAAAUAAUAAAAAAUAAAAAAAGAAUUAUAAAAGAUAGAAAGUAAGAAAAGAGUAAUUUGAAUUGAUUUUGAAUUUAUUGAUAUGUUUCCUUAUUUUCUGUGUGUCUGUGUCUCUGUAUUUUGAUCUAAAACUUGAUUUGAUUCAGCGAUGACAACUUACAAGCAUUUUUUAUUGUCCUCAUUUGUAAUACAAAUCCAUCAUUUUGCAUUUCGCCUUUCCAUUUAUACAUAUUCCAGUUUCAUUUUGGAAAAGUUGUUUUUGUGCUCUUAUAUGUUCAUAUACUUUAAUCAUUUUAUUUUAUUGAUGAUAUUUCGCCCAUGCAUAUAUACGUGCUUCGCUGAGGAAUGUUCUGCUUGAUAUUAUUCUUAAAUACUUGAUAAUGUAAAUAAGGUUUUAUAUUUUUGUCAUACAUGCUUUCUAAUUCAAGUAUAAAUUGAGAAAGCUCGAAAGCUGUUUUUCUUAUUUAAAUAGUUUCAAAUUGAUUUACUUUUAAUUUGCUAAAUUAAGCAUAAAAUCUUGAAACCUCUAUAGACGGAAGUGACUAAUAAGUAUUUGAAUCUACUAUUAUACUACCGUUUAUAUAUAAGCGUUAUCAUUUUUGGUGUGCUCUGUAUCAGUUUGGAUAUUCCCACAAACAUUUCUCGCUUUGUAAAUUGCAGAAACUACCGUCAGUUUUGAAGACUUACAAUGCAUUCAGACCUAUAUUUCUUUAGAAACAACUCUCUAAAUCAGUUGAAAAUUGGCAAAUUUUAAUUACAUAAUUGCAGAUGAAGACGUUGUUUACCAGCUGUAAAACCCAUGCAAAAUAGUAUCAACAUAUUUAGUGAGAUACAGCUGUAAAACUGGAUAUUCCCAGUAUAGUUACAAUUUUUGUGAUGAUAUAAUAUACAUUGUAAAUAUAAAUUUAAAAAAAAAAAAGAAAUAAAAAAAAAAUAAUAAUAAAAAAGAAUUAUAAAAAAUAGAAGGUAAGAAAAGAAUAAUUUGAAUUAAUUUUGAAUUUAUUGAUAUGUUUCCUUACUUUAUGUGUGUCUGUGUGUCUGUAUUUUGAUCUAAAACUUGAUUUGAUUCAGCGAUGCUAACUUACAAGUAUUUCUUAUUGUUAUCCUCAGUUUGUAAUACAAAUCCAUCAUUUUGCAUUUCGCCUUUUCAUUUAUACAUAUUCCAGUUUCAUUUUGGAAAAGUUGUUUUGUUCUCUUAUAUGUUCAUAUACUUUUAUCAUUUUAUUUUAUUGAUGAUAUUUCGCCCAUGCAUAUGAACGGGCUUCGCUGAGGAAUGUUCUGAUUUAUAUUAUUCUUAAAUACUUGAUAAUGUAAAUAAGGUUUUAUAUUUUUUGUCAUACAUGCUUUCUUAUUCAAGUAUAGAUUGUGAAAGCUCAAAAGCUGUUUUUCUUAUUUAAAUAGUUUCAAAUUGAUUACUUUUAAUUGCUAAAUUAAGCAAAAUAUCUUGAAACCUCUUUAGACAGAAGUGACUAAUAACUAUCUGAAUCUACUAUUAUACUACCGUUUAUAUGUAAACGUUAUUACUUUUGUUGUACUCUGUAUCAGUUUGGAUAUUCCCACAAGCAUGUUUUGAUUUGUAAAUUGCAGAGAUUACCGUCAGUUUUGAAGUCUUACCAAUGCAUUCAGACCUAUAUUUCUUUAGAAACAGUCUCUAAAUCAGUUGAAAAUUGGCACAUUUUAAUUACAUGUUUACAGAUGAAGACGUUGUAUACCAGCUGUAAAACCCAUGCAAAAUAGUAUCAACAUAUUUAAUGAGAUAAACUGGUUACUGCGCAACAAAAAUGGAAUAAUACAUUAAGUAUUAAAAUGGUAUUGUGUUAAAUAAAAGCACAGUUACAAAGAAGUAAGAAUAAUAUUUUACUUUAUGAAGCAACACUAGCUACAGAAUGAGCAUUUCGGAAUGCGACUGGCUUAGUGUAAGACAUUUUUGUUCGAAGAAUGUCUGUUCUGGAAAAUGUUCAGAACAUAUUCGAUUACAAAUUUUGGAUAAACAACAAAAUCAGUCACAAAGACAAAUUGCUAUAUGAAUUAAAGGUCCAUUACUAAAACCCGAACGAGUAUUAUAUGAAAACCAGAGUUUGUAGCUGAUACUUCCUAUUUACUGAAAAUAUGGCUCACUGCAUCAGAUCUGACCAAUCAGUCAUGAAUAUGUUCAAGAAUAACUAACAAAUAAACAAAAAAUGUUGCCUAUGUCAAACCGAAAGUAUGUUUUCCGACUGCUUACGAACCCGUCGAGCAUCUUCGGAUUUUUUCGGAAGAAUCCUCCGAAACGAGGCUAUAAUUUAUAAAUAGAUGUAAAAUAUAUUAUAUGCCCAAACGAUAACGUGAUUUUUACAAACUUAGCACAUGGAAUUCAACAAUUUUGUAAUACACAAAACCUUCAUGAAAAUCAUUCUUAUAAUACAGGUAAUAAACAGCUAUACUACAAGUUUGCGGGAGGACAAUUCAGGCCCUUCCCGAAUAAAAGUGUUUUUACAACUUCGUCUGCAAACUUUUUUCAGUUAAUCUCUUUUCAGUAUAGUUUUAAGAACAUAAAUGAAUAAAUGUCUUACACUGCCGAAACAAAAUGUGAUUGACAUUUACCUGAAUACACUGAUUUAUGUACAUAUGGCUACAUUAAUUUAAUAAGAUUUUAGACAUUAAACACAUUGUCUUGGCCUAAUAUAUGUCACUGUCAAUUUUAAACAUAAAUUUUGUACAUUUCAUAUUUUUCGUGCAAGUCGUGCAUAAUUACCAGCAUGGAAAUACAGUUAUUUUGUCGAGCGUCUUUAAACGGAUAUUCGUUUGAAACAAUUUUAAAAUCACGUGAAAAUCACGUGAUCCCGAAGAAUUUCCGACCGAUUACGGAAAAACGAUAAACAUGAAAGUAGGACAAAAUUACCACCCAUGUCAGUCUAAGAAAUUAUACCUUUAAAUGUUGUGUUCUGGUAUUUGAAUUUUAAUGUUGUGUAUUUUUUACACAUAAACAGACUUUCUAAUAAAUAAGCAGCAAAUAUUCUUUUAGCGAAAAACGGUUGAAAAACAUACUCGCUACUAUUUUACGUGUAACUACGUCUUUUAGUGGUGCGUUUGCAUGAAUUCGGAAUAUUCCCAGUAUAAUUAUGAUCAGUGCACCUAAAUGACAAAGGCGUCCUUUUGGUUUCAAGAAAGCGCAUGCACAAGUGGAUUGAGUAAACAGUAUAUAAAGACUGGCUUACUAUUUAGAUGAUUAGGCAGUUGUUGGAGACAUGCGCUCUCUAGUUCAUUAGUGCAUUUGUAUCAACUAGGAAUAUUCCCAGUAUAAUUAUAACCAUUGGGUUUAUAUCACUUAUUUGAGGGGUGGGGUAUUUUAAUACAGUUAUGAUUUUUGCAUAUAUAUAAAAAAAAAACAUCGAUUGAAAAAAAAGCAAAAAAAAAAUUUAAAUAAAUAAAUAAAAAUAAAAAAUAAAAAAGCAAUAAAAAGACAAAAGAAAAAAUAAAAAUUUUGUGUAAAUAUUUAUGUUUUAUCCAUGUAACAACAUAUCUAGACAGAUAGCUUGUACAUGUUCAUAGCAUUUCAUUUUGUAAAAUUAGACAUUUAAGACUAUAAUUUAAAUUAAUAUCGAAUUUAUUGAUGUGUUUCUUAAUGGUCUGUGUGUAUGUGUGUGUGUAUUUUGAUCGAAACUUGAUUUUAUGUAAAUAUUUGAAAGAGUAUACAUGCAAUAUAUAUCAAUUAUUUUCACUAUUUCCCCUAAAUAUGUAAAUAUUUUUUAUCCUUGUUACAUCAUAUGUAGACAGAUAGCUUAAACAUGUCCAUAUCAUUUCAUUUUGUAAAGUUAGACACGUAAGACUAUAAUUUGAAUUUAUUUUGAAAUUAUUGAUGUAUUUCUUAAUUGUCAAUUUGUGUGUGUAUUUUGAUCGAAAACUUGAUUUUAUGUUAAUAUUUGAAAGGGUAUACAUGCAAUAGCAUAGAUCAAUAUUUUUCAUUAUUUCCCCUUUGUAACUUUCAAUAUCUUGUAAUUUCUGCCCAUGACUGCCUAGUGAUGAGCGAUUCCGAUCAACCUUAUUCAGUCCUUAGCAGUUGUUUGUCAACAUGUUUCAUGCUUACAUAUUAAAUAUUUUCCGGUCAAUCUUUAUGAAACUUAGUCAAAGCGCUUUAGUGCAAAAAAAUGGAAUGAUAAUCAGCAAAUAUUCUUAGAAACGGUUGAAAAAUUUUUUCCUUAUUAUUUUCGAUGCAAGCAUGUCAUUUAUUGGUGCAUUUUAAAUAAUUAAAAAUAUUCCAUGUAUAAAUAUGAUCAUUGGGCUUUUGACACUUAUUAGGGAGAGAUGGGGGUAUUUUCAGUAUAGUUAUGACUUUUGCGUAUAUGAAAGAAUUAGAACAAAACACAAAAAAUGACAUUUGAUGUAAAUACUAUUUUUCCUUGUAUCAUUACAUCUAGACAUAUAGCUUGUACAUGUUUAUAUUAUUGUUUUGUGUAAGAUUAGAUAUUUGAAUUAAUUUUGAAUUCAUUGAAUUGUUUUCCUUUAUUUUCUGUGUGCGUGUAUUUUGAUCGAUAAUUUUCGUUAUUUUCGCUUUGUAACUUUCAAUAUCUUGUGAUGAUUAUUAGUCCUUAGCAGUUGUUUGUCAACAUGUUUUAUGUGUGCACACUAAACGUUUCCUGACCAACCUUGUACAUUGUUACUAAUUAAAAGCAUCACUUCUCCAGCAAAUAUUACGCCAUUUACCUUGAAAGUAAUGAAACAAAGAAUUGGCCCUUAAAUUGGUCAGAUGUGCUAUGUUUCAUCUAGUGUUCAAUGUACAACAAAUACAUGUUAGAUUUUCUUAGCAUAUAAAUCUAGCUUUAAGUCUCAUAUAAUUUUGAUCACGGAAAAAAGAAUAAUAAGUUGCUCUUAAAUGACAAAAAAAAGACAUGUUUCACUUACUUUAAAAUUUACAAUGCACUUGACUUUUUUUCGAGUAAUCAUAAAACAAUCUCGUUGGUUAAUUAAUGCAUGUGUUUUAGACUAUUUGUUCAUUGUCACUAUUGUCACUAUUAGUAAAAUUUUAAUAAUUAAUUCCUUAUAUUAUUAAACUUACGCUUAUUACUGCAAUUUUCGCAACCACUAUACUGGACCUACCAAAGUUUAUCAAAUAAACUUAUACGAUCAAAGUUUAAAACCCUUAAUGCUUAACUUAUGUUCCUGUUUUGAAAGCUAAAGUGAUUAAACUUGAACAAUUUCAACAUUUCUUUUUUUAAUGAUAAUGUCCAUAUAUCCGAGAACUGUUGUUGCUAUUUUGUGCACAUACAUUGAAACCUAACGUGAUAAGACUGAAUUGUCUACUGCAAUCAUGACUUUAUUCUUAGAUGUAACCAUCUACAGACCUAAUAGUACCUUCCUCUCUUCCCGAUGUUUACUUACAAUAAAUCCUUUUUGUCAUUGUCCAUAGUUUGUAAUAAGCAUCAUUCAUUAUGCAUUUCGCUAUUUCCUUUAUACAUAUUCCUCUCCAAUUUUGGAAUGAUUUAUUUGUUUCUUUUUUAUAUAUUUAUAUACAUGUAUUUUCAUUAUCAUAAUUAUAUUGAUAUAAUUGAGCUUAUGCAUAUAAAAGUGCUACCGCUUGCGAAUGUUCUGAUUGUUAUAUUUCUUUAAUACAUGAGAAUAUUAAUGAGAUUCAUUUUUUGUCAUCGAUGAUAUAAGUUUAAAUGCUCAAAAACACUCUUUCUUAAGGUAGUUCUGCACGUUCAAAACUUCGGAAUACACUAAGAAAUUUCAGCAAAUAAAGAAGAUAGGGUCGUCUAUUUGAUUUUCUUGCUAGACUCAUUAUAAACAUUUGGACUUCACGCAAUUUUCAAAACAUGUUUUGCGAAUAGAAACUUUUCUAAAAUGUAGAUUUUGAUAAAACUUCUCCCAAGCCUAAAAUAAAUACAUGACCUUUAAUAUGGUGGAAUAUGAUAUAUAGGUCCAUGUGCUUUUUAGAUAUUUUCAUGAUUAAAGUAAUACGCUCAUUUCAAGCUAAUUUUAAGACAUCAUUUUGAAUUAUUUAAGGUGUCAGAUGUGCUAAUUUUGUAUUUGAACUUCCAGUUUAUCAAACGUGCAGAACUAUCUGCAAUUAUUUCAAAUUGUAUUUUCUAGCUACCAGUGCACAAGUAAACAAAGAUCUAUUCAGACGUUGAAAGUUUCUCAAGCUGCAUGAAAGUGUAAAAUUUAUACGCACUUAACUUGCGACUGUAAAUCUAUAUUACUGUCUUUUUGAGACACGAAGUCAUAUUCCUGUAACUGCCACCACGUUCCACUUAGUAUACAGGUCAUAGAAUUACAAACAGACGUAUUUUUAAUGUUCAGAUAGAAUAGCUGGAUUUUUAAUUAUAUACCAUUCGACAUAUUUAGAUGUGGCUUUUCAUGUAAUAUACAACAUAAAACAUAUAAUCAUAAUUAAAAUUUAUGUAAUUAGAAGUAUGAAAUGAUUAAAUACCGGUACAUUUAAAAAAAAACACAACAUAACUGGAAGCCGAAUAAUUUGUUUAUAUGUUUGUAUAAAUAUAACAUUUAGAUUUAAAGCAUUUCAAAACCAGGGAUAAGCAUUACGACAUGUGCCGCGCCGUGAUGUUUUGGGUCCAAAUGCUGCGUUAUUUAAUUCGAGAACAAGUAAAUUAAAAGUUACUUCACAGAAAUUGGAUUAGUUCAACACGUGUUUGAAUGAGUAGAUACAUUGUUCAUUAAUUCUCUACAAAGACAUGGUAAAUGAAUGAAGAGUUAAACAGUACUUAUCAGACACGUAUUUUAGCAUUGCCGCUUUUACCAUUUCGUUUCGUUAUCAAAUUUAUAUAUUUAUAUAAUUAUGUUAGUAUAAAUAAUGUGUUUACAUCGGAGCUCUAGGGAAGGGUAUGCUGUUGUAUAAAUGAUACUUACUUCCACCAGUAAAGUAACCAACCAAUCAAAACUUAGACCCUUGAAAUAUGUAAAACUUUUCCCCUCCUGCACAUUGGGCGCUGUGAUGAAAAGCAAUGAACCAGUAAACCCUACCGCGACGUGGAGUUUGCAGAGUUCAGCCCUUCAACUGGGAGGGUACGAAUAGUGUACUGGCUUAUACCGUUCAAGUGGGUUAUCGAGUAUAGAGUCGGUCUCUACCCUACCUUAGAGCUAGAAAUACCCUACCCAAGAACUUCUCCAAUAUAUCGUCCUUUGUAUCAACUCGCCAUUUGUAAACGUAGAAGGUCGUGGGGAAGAUGAAAUUAUCAAACAGUAUCUUUACGAUUUAUUUCGAAGGGAUGAUGAAUGACAGUUUCCGAAUUUGCUGGUUAGUAAAUAUUCAUACAAUAUAUAGGUUUUUAAAAAUAUUACUUUAAUUCAUAUCGACUGUUUUUUCCGUAAUUGUUUUCCAAAAUUAUCACAGAAUUAGAAAAAUUAUGACACUAAUGCCAGUUAUACCAUAUCAUAAACUAAGUCUAUUAGGAAGCAAACUUUUUCCUCAACGGUUAUGACUGAUUAUUAGUAGUUCAAUUUAAAUCUGUAUUAAAUCUAGCAUUAGUCUGCCAUAGUGUUUAAGCCAUAUUUAUAUAGUGACUGAUAGGAUUAGUGACUGUUGUAUCACAUCAGUUGUCAGUUUAAAUCACUUAAUUCUUAUUCAUGGCAAAUCCACAUUAUAAACACCAAAGCAUAUUAAGAUGUUUGUUACUACUUUGUAUGGAACAGAUUCUCAAUAGCUGUUCAUGUAAAAUUUGUAUUUCAUCCUUACUUACUGUUUUUUGCAAGCUACUGACGACUUCCACACAUAAAAUAAAUAUCCUUUAAAGACAUUUUGUUUAGAGGACUUUUACUUUUAAAUAUGAAAGUAGAUAGUUUGUGUGUAAAUACGUAUUUUGAAAAACACUUACAGAUAUUCAAACUUAACCCUAACCCCAAGGGGCUAGAGGGCGUGGACGGUGGCAUGCAUUUCCACUACCGUCCAUGAACAGGCUCAAUCAAACCGAGCCUGCAACAUUUUCGUUUUUGCCGUGUUGAUUUUGUACAAAAUAAUGUCAUAAGACUUCGUGCACAGAACAGUUGUGUAUGAUCUCUGUUUGUACACUAGAAAAGGUUAAAAUUUGGAAACAAUUUAUAGGGAAAACAAUAUUGAUGUUAAAAUUUAAAAAAAAAGACAGAGGGAAAGAAAUUUCAUUAACCGCAUGUCGUGUUUGUUAUUUCAAUUUGUAUUUUGACUUAAUACAUUUGUAAGAAGGAAUCUUCAUUAAGAUACUCUGCCCUGUUUUGAUACAGUUAGUCGAAAGCAUGGUGUCCAAAAAGCGGAGAAAUCCAGGUAACAACGGCUGAUUUCUGCUGUCAGAUAACAUAUUGGUACGCGGUCUCUCUGUCAGGUUAGCGAAAAACUCAACUUUUCGAGAAAAUCGCAUUUGGACCUAAAAUAUCAUGCCCUGCUACAAAUUUCAGUUGAUGGAAUUUUAGAUACAAAUGUCUUGUAUAUGUUUAAGGGAGUUAAUCACACGUAUAUCCGAAUGCUAUGUCAGAUAUAUAAAUUUAUGCUCUUCUAAUAAGUAACCUUUCAUCACAAAUGUAUUCAGUUUGUAUGUGAAAUAACUAGAUGCAUGCUGAUUUUGUUACUGUCAUCAUUUAUGUUUUCAAAUGUUAUAUUGUAAUUGGCCUGACAAAGCUUUUUUAAUUGCUUGAGUACACUUCAUGAGUGUCUAUCGUUACAUGAUGUCGGAAACGUUUGAAAGGAUCAGUUCAACAGCAGCUGCACUAUUAUUGACCAUGAUUCUGUGAAACUUCGAAUAUCAUAACUUGCUGUCACACUGGAUAGAAUAUUUCAUUGGCCCCAGCUAUGUGAUUGUUAGGACACUGAAGUGUGAUUCCUGCAAUUAAUGACACUUUUACAAUUGCAGACGUGCACUGAAGUUAUGGACUUGAACAAAUAUCUGUUAAUAUAUGUUUCACAUUUACAGGAUCAGAUAAAAAAGUAGUUUUUGUGCAAGAAUAAAAUAUAACGUUUUUGAAAAUCACACACACCAAAGGCAAUAGUUUUACCUUUUAUUUACUCUCACUGUAGAUAUACCUGUAGAUACUAUUGUCUCAUUCAUUUGUCAGCUACACAUGCUUUAUGUUGAUCUAUGGAAAUUUUAUCAUACAGCAUUGGUAAAGGGAAACAAAUCCUACACAAAUACAAAACAUACUACGUAAAGUACCUUGUCUAGCUUGACAUGCAUACCACUGUUGUGUUGAGGCUUCCUGUUACGCAUAUCGAGAAAGGCAGUUACAACCUUAAUAAAAAGAUUAUAAAACUGAUAUAUAUAGAUUUCAGUACAAUAAUGUUUAUAACAAGGAUGGUGUUGUAGUUUCUCACCUCUUAAUCAUAUUCAGUCCAUAGUAUUAUACUGCUACUGUUAAUUACGAACAGUGUUAACUUUCGGUGGAUUUUACGGAAGGGCAAGUCGGAAAAAGUAUAGCAAAUGCUUAACAACUAUGUUGGUACUCGAAAAAAAUGAACAAAAACAACAAACUUACCAAACAACAUAACAAGACGCAUCAAAUUCAAGACAAAUAAAACUCCCUUAAAUGUCGAGGUCACAUUAUGACGUCAAACGUUUUAUGUUAUUCUUCCUUUUCACUAUAUUGCUGAAAUGUUCAUGUCUGCAUAGAGUUUCAUAUAAUUUGGCACAAAAAAAAAUCAAGUAACAAGUCACGUGUCAUGUUUAAGACCAAUUCACCAAAAUUAAGGUCACGUUCACGUACUGUAUAUUAUUUUUCAUUCCCGGUCUAUAACUUAAUUAUGAAUGAAUAUUCAAGUACUUUAGCAUUCACCUUCUUCAUAGCUGAGCAAAACGCCACGUGCUAGGGCUAAUCCAUAGCGUUUAGGUCAAUGUCACCCUUAUAAAUCAAGUUUUAUGUCAAUAACUUUUGCAUAAAUAGAUAAAUAUAUUUUUUUGCACAUAUAUUCAACAUUCCCUCGGGACGGGUGCUUGUAAGACCUAUACCCCUAGCUAAGUGGUCAAUGUUGCAUAUAAAGGUAAAUGAUUUAACAUCUUUCCUUGUUCCGUCUAUAUCUUUGUUUUCUGUAUUAUACCUAGAUGGAUACAAAUUCGGCAACAUCAAUAAACAUAGGACGAUGAGUCAUAUACAAGAUUUGGACCACUACCUCCAAAGCCAGAAUCCAACUUCGAGGUCAAAGGAUUGAUGCCAUAUCUUUUGUCUGGUCAGCAAAUUUUAGAAACAAUGAAGGCUAUAUUAAUUGCUUUGUACAAAUUUUUAAUGUAAUUAAACAAUGUGACAUUUAAUCUCUUACAGGUGAAACAAAUAUCAACAGAUAUUUUUCCAAGUCCAUAGCCUCAUUGUUUAUUCUCUAUUUUGAACAAAAUUCACUCUAAUUGGAAGUUGUUUGUUUUAAAUGGUAUGCCGUGAUAUGUGUACUAUAGUAUGCUCUUUGACAUUUAUAACUGUCUCACGUCUUUUUAAUUUGAAUUUAAAACAUGCUAAAAUCGUCGAAGAUAUUGAAAGUACGCUUGACAAAACAUAUGUAAGUGAACAUUUCCUAUAAUUACAAAAAAAAUGUUUCUUUUUUUUUCUUUUAAAUAGAUUUGGUCAGGGAGUGUAUACCUAUUUACAUUUGAAGUAAAAGCAGAUUUCGUUCUAAAUUAAGUGAUGGUUACAGAUCUUUCAUUAUCGGUUAUUUCGAAAUAUAGCAUGAUAAACGGGUCGCUGAUUAUUUCUUUUAUAAAAAAAAGCUUUGUCGACAGGUUCCAAUGUACACUUUGUCUUCCAUUAGUUUAAACAUUAUAUAAAUGAUUAUGAGUUACUGUAGGGUAUGUUUCACUUAAUUCCUCAUCAUCUCUAUUCGUAAUUGAAUAACAUAAUGUUUAAUAUAUAUUAAGAUAGUGUCCAUUUUUCAGCCAUGAAUGAGCCCUGAUAUCGGUCGAACUGGCUUAAUCAGUAAGGAGUUGCCAAUAUGAUUAUACAAUCAUAUUAUAGGAAGUUGAUAUUGGUACAAAAAAUUCUUUAUUGGCCGAGAUUAAUCAACAUUUUGCCAACUUUAUCGUCUAAUUUCUUCUAAAGUAGUAUUGAGAAAGUAUUACUAAGUUAAUUGAUAAAGUUACUUACAUACGAAAUUUAUAGAUCUCGAUUUUAUAAUUCAAAAGUGUUAAAGAAUUUAUCAUUCUACACGAAUAACACGUUUUUUUAAUAUCAUUUUAAGGACGAUUGUUUAUACUUAUUAUAAUACCUUUAUAUGUGUAUCUGAGCUAAAAUUAUUUGACAGUUUAAAGCUUCUGGCCUCCAGAUCGAACGAUAACAAGAUAUAUAGAUACUAAUACUAUAUUUCUUAAGAAUGCUUUGAGACUUAAUUUCUGACAGACUAAAGGCUAUUGAAACACAUGAAAAUUAGUUGUUUUUACUAAUCUUAACGUUGGAAAUUAACGUUUUUCUCAGUUAAGCUAUGUUUAACGAUCUUAUCACACACAUUUCUCCGUGGUAUAUUAUUCAAGACCGCGGGAAAGGUUUAUAUUACCGCGUCGGCCCGGGUUGUAUUCCGGCAUUUUUUCUUGAUUUGCAUUUUUCAGAUAGUUUAAAAACGAAAAACUCGUAUUCUGAUGUUUAUAAAAAUAAAUCUGAUCAAACUUCAAUUUAAAAGAGGAAUCAUUUUAAGCAAACAUCUGGAGGUCAGUGCCUUAAAACAAUGAAUAAAACCAUAUCUUUUAAAAUGACAUUUAUUUUAGACUUUUACACUAUACCAGGGUUAUCCACAGGCCCUUUUAGCGAGGUUUUCUAUCCAGUUAAAUGUCCCAUUGCCCGGCUAUAACAAUUUCGAUAAACAAAUUGACACAUUAACAAUUUAUCACCAGCAAUCAUAACCAGCCGAUAAUUCCCUGUUUUGAUCAUGCCCUGGGGCAUAAUAGAUAAAGUGUUAUAGUUAAAUUGUACUUUAAUGUUCAUGCACGACAAUUUGUUUUGCAAACCACGUUUUAUGUCGACGGAAAUACAACGUGUUCAAAUACUUGUAUAUAGCAAACAAAGUUCUAUAUUGCAUGUUAUCAAUUUUGACAUCAAUCAAAACGAAAUCUUUCAGAAGAAAUUAACACAUUUGUAAAGUUGAAACCAAUGCAGCGUUGUUGUACCAUUAUAUUGUCUGUUCCGUAACCAGAAAGUAGUAGCUAGGCUAUUUUAAUCAAAAUACUUGCAAAACGUGCAAAAAUCGGCAAAAUUCGUACACAGUACUGUAUGGUAUUUCGGACGACACACAUUCAAAUAAGUCAAUAUACAGUAUCAGAGAAGGUAGAAAGUUGCAAUUAUUCGAUAGAUUACCUUCACUUCAAAUAUUCUUUCAUGAAAUGAGCUUCAGAUUCAAUUAAAAUACGAAACACAGAAUUAUUGAUAGGUGUGUUUGACACUGUCAAAUAGAUUGGCAUUGUUUCCUCAUAUAACUGCUAUGUUUGUAUGAAAACCUAGUUAAUGCAAGAAAAUUUUUCAAUACAUGGUCUCUUUUAUUCCGAACUUAAAAGAAAAUCAAGUAGAAAAUAUAAGAUAAAGAUUCUUGCAUUGAUUACUUAAGGUACCUUAGACAAAUAUAUAUGUUUUACAUUUUCAUAAGUUGUUUCACAUCAUUCUGCUUUUCUAUCAGCUUAAUUUACUUAAAUGAAUAAUAUGCUUAUUGCGAUAUACCGCUAAAAGGUGUACCCGGAUAUAAUUCCGCAGAGCCUGGCUUUAACAAAAUCCUGGUGAUAACCCUGCUAUACAUAACUAGCAUGAUAUUAAAAUGUAACGUAUAGUUUUGGAAUCAGUCAUUGUCUGACAGUUUAUUGAUAUACUGAACAGCAAAAGAAACUAUCCAGAUGUAUAACGGGUAUAUUUUGAAAUAAAAAAAAAAUUAAACUGUUUCUUCAUUGACAAAAUUACACUUGAAGAUCCUCACGUGAUAAAUUCUUAAAGAUCAAUCAACCGUGAAGUCGGUAAUCCCACAAUAGCCGUUUGAAAGACUAUAUCUUCUGCGCGUCAAUUGCAGUGUAAUUUCCCAAUUGGGCGCUCGCGCUUAAUUUGAUUCAAUCGUGCAGUGCAACCAACAAUAUUUUUUAAACUUUAUGUUGUUUUCCGAGUUUACCAAUUAUCAGUAUUUCCAAUGACAAUAAAAUUUCACAAAGAAAAUUGUUAAUUACAGGCGCACAUGAAUUUCGUGCAAAGCGGCUAUUUUGGGACUACUGAUUUCACGGUUAAUUGACUUUUUAAAAUUUUACACGUUAAGUUCUUCAAGUGUAAUGUGAUAUGACAAAUACAAUUGAUUUUUAAAAACAACAUUUUUAAAUAAAAAAUACCUCAGUUAUAAAACUGGAUAGUUUCUUUUGCUGUUCAGUAUUCAGAUAUAGGAACUUAUAAAUGAAAGUAUUAUUUUACGUUUAACAACUGACAUCAAUCUGGAGUAUGCCCGUUUGAUUUAUUUUUUGAAAACCAUUGUUGAAUACUAACAUGUGCUAUAUCACAUAAUACAGUGUAGCCGUUAUAUUUAUAUCAGUGUAAUAAAAUAUUAUCCUUA